AUGGUUCGCGUCCCGCUUGGAGUGUUGACAAGACCUAGCUCUGUUCAUGUAUCCUCUACUCCUUUUUUGUCUCUACCUCUUCCAACGCCUACCCACCGAUUUGCCAAUGAAGAUGAUCUUGGCACUUUUAUGACGAACCAGGAGCUUGAAUUAGGCACUCGCCGCAGUGAUGUCUCCAACAUUGGACUCUUUAAGCUGUUUCGAUCCAAGAAAAAGCGAUACCGAUCCGCAGGCCAGUCAAACUCUCCUCUCUUCACGGGACUUUUCCUAUACUCUUGUCUCUGGAAUAUGUCACUUGUUGGCUGCUGCCAAGUGUCCCAAAUGGUGGUGCUGAAUGACCAGACAGAAAGCCAUCAAGGCUGCUAUUCUCUUCUUCCCCAGGAUCAUGGCAUUGAGGUCACUCACUUCCAUCAACUCUACAAGUCUGCUCUGCUAACCUCUGACCCACGAAAGCUUGAAUUUCUUAAGAUUAAGUCGGUGGCAUGA